AUGGCGAAAGUGCACAUCACCAACGUGGUGGUGCUGGAUAAUCCCAGCAGCUUCCUGAACCCGUUCCAGUUCGAGCUGACGUUCGAGUGCAUCGAAGAGCUGAAGGAGGAUCUCGAGUGGAAGAUGAUCUACGUCGGUUCGGCCGAAUCGGAAGAGUUCGACCAGGUGCUCGAUACGAUCUACGUCGGACCGGUACCGGAAGGCCGGCAUAUAUUCGUGUUCCAGGCCGAUCCACCGAACGUGACCCGCAUCCCGGAGCAGGACGCGGUCGGUGUGACGGUGGUGCUGCUAACCUGCUCCUACCGUGGGCAGGAGUUUGUACGCGUCGGGUACUUCAUCAACAACGAGUACGCGGAUGCGGAAAUGCGUGAAAAUCCUCCGCCACGACCGCUGUUCCACAAGAUGACGCGUAAUAUAUUGGCCUCGAAGCCGCGCGUCACACGGUUCAAGAUUAAUUGGGACGAUGCACCGGUGAACGGGGUUGCUGGUGGUCCACCGAACGGGAUGCUGGAUGGUGAGGAAACGCCGGCUGACGAGAUGGCCGCCAACGGGGAUGCCAGCGGUGGUGAUCAUGGCAUGGACGAUGAAUCGAACGAUCCAGCAGAUCUAGCGCACGACGACAAUAGUAUUGCGAUGCCUGCACCGGAAAUGCCUGAAUUCAAUGAAAAUUCCAACUCGCUGGCAAUGGAAUGCUGAUCGGCGUCCGG